CGCCGCCCCGCGGGCGGUGAUGGGAAGUGUAGGCGGAAGAGGGCGCGGAGAGCGGCGGGAGGGCGUUUUGAGGGGUCCCCGGGAUGGAGCCCCCCCCGCAGGAGCCAGUGCCCCAGCCCAGUGCCAUGGACGCCCUGCACCAGGCUGGCAUCCACGCCGCCGUGGCCCUGCAGGCUGGGCCGCCCUGGCUGGAGCAGUUCUGGCUGCUGCUGAGCUCGUACCUGGGCCCCGGCUCCAUCUACACCGUGUGCUUCCCGCUGGCCCGCGGCCUGGACGAGCACGUGUCCCUCAUGGUCCUGUGGAUCGCCCUGCUGGCCGAGUGGCUCAACGUGGUGCUCAAGUGGUUCCUGUUCGGGGAGCGCCCGUACUGGUGGAUGCACGAGUCAGGGAUGGCUGAGCGGGAGCAGCUCCCCCUGCGCCAGUUCCCGAUCACCUGUGAGACGGGACCAGGGAGCCCCUCGGGGCACUGCAUGAUCCUGGGGGCGGCCCUGUGGCCCGUUGUCACCGCGCUGAGCGAGGAAGUGUCCAGGUGCAGCCGGAGCCGGCUGCUGAGGCUGCUCCCGUUCCUGCUCUACCUCCUCCUGCUGGCGGCCAUGGGGCUCUCCCGGAUCUUCGUCCUGGCCCAUUUCCCCCACCAGGUGAUCUCCGGCUCCCUGGCAGGUUCGCUUCUUCCUGCUGACGGCUCUGGGGCUGCUGCUGAGCGCGCUGGCCCUGCACGGGCUGGCCACGGCCGCGGGGCUGGACCUGGACUGGUCCCUCCGCCGGGCCAGCACCCGCUGCUCGGACCCCGCGUGGCUGCGGCCCGAGACGCGGCCCUGGGCCUCGCUGUGCCGGGUGGGCGGCAGCGCGCUGGGGCUGGCCGUGGCCGCCUGGCUCCCCUUGAGCCGCCGCGCCGCCGAGGAGCUGUGGCUGCUGGAGCCGCCGCUGGGCAGCGCCGCGCUGGGGGUGCUGGCGCUCGACGUGCUGCACAAGCUGCCCAAGAGCGACCACACCGCCCUGUGGUACCUGAACGUGGCGGCUCGAUACGCGCUGGGGCCCGUGCUGGUGGGGACCCUGCUGCCCCUGCUCAUCCUCACCCUGCGGCGGCUCCGCGAGACCCCCUAGAGCCCCCCUCAGUGUCGGGGAGAGGGGGGGUCUGCUCCCGGUUCAUCCUCACCUGUAGCAAGGACCCCCGGAUUGAGUGGGGGGUGUCUGCUCUGUUCCCAGUUCAUCCCCACCCUCCCUUUCCUCCAGGGACCUUCAAAAUGAGUGGGGGGUCCCCACUCCUGUGCCAGUUCAUCCUCACCUUUCAUUUCCUCCAGGACCCCCAGAUUGAGUGGGGGGUCCCCACUCCUGUGCCAGUUCAUCCUCACCCUCCCUUUCCCCCCAGGACCCCCAAAUUGAGUGGGGGUGUCUGCUCUGUUCCCAGUUCAUCCCCACCCUCCCUUUCCUCCAGGGACCUUCAAAUUGAGUGGGGGGUCCCCACUCCUGUGCCAGUUCACUCUCACACUCCUUCUCCCCAAACUGAGCAUUGUCCCAGUUCAUGCUCCCCCUCCCCUGCCCCAGGGACCCCCCUCACCCCGGGCAGGGGUCCCUGACCCCCUCCCCUGCCCCUGGGGGUGCCCAGCAGGGUCUGGGGGCACAGCCCAGGGACAGCCCCGGCGCGGGGACACGGAGCUGCCACCCCCUCCCCAGCUGUCCCCACCCCUCCGCAGCAGGGAUGGGACCCCCCCCUCAGCCCGGUGCGUGCGGGGCCGCCCCCGUUUGGAACCAAAUAAAGCAGCAGAACCGA